GGCCAGCCUCCCCUGGCCAGCUGAGCGGUCUGGCUUCGCAGUCAACAUGAAGGCUCUCCUGACUCUGGGGCUUCUCCUCCUCUCUGUCGCCGUCCGGGCCAAGGUCUAUGAGAGGUGUGACCUGGCCAGAACCUUGAAAAGACUUGGAAUGGAUGGCUACAGUGGAGUGAGCCUGGCAAACUGGAUGUGUUUGGCCAAAUGGGAAAGUAGUUACAACACACGAGCUACAAACAACAAUCCUGGAGACAAAAGCACGGAUUAUGGGAUAUUCCAGAUCAAUAGCCGCUACUGGUGUAAUGAUGGCAAAACCCCAGGAGCAGUUAAUGCCUGUGGUAUACCCUGCAACGAUUUGCUUCAAGAUGACAUCACUAAAGCUGCAACCUGUGCCAAGAGGGUUGUCAAGGAUCCACAAGGCAUCAAAGCAUGGGUGGCUUGGAGAAAUCACUGUCAAAACAAAGAUGUCACUCAGUAUACCCGGGGCUGUGGAGUGUAACUGGACAGCUUUCCUUCUUCAGCUCCUUUUCUCUUAUUUUCCUAUUCAGGGAGUAGCAGUUGAGUAAAAGUUCACACCUUUUUCAAAUAAAUAAUGUUUUUACAGAAGCAGGAGCAAAAUACGGUCUUUCUUCUAAGAGGCCAAUGUUGUCUAAUGUGUUAAUUAUUGGGUAGUAAGUCUACAACAUGUUUCAGUGUGCUGAUAGAGCUACUGCUGGUGAAAAUUUACCUAAAUCUUGAUUACCAAAUACGUCUCCAAUAUAUUCAGUUCUUAAUCAAAGACUUCAUCUUGAAUGACACCAGUAUUCCUCAAUGUUUGAUAUAUAUGUAACAAAAGACUAUCAUAAAACACAUUGACCUCAGGCAAAA